AUGGUCCCGGUCAGUCUCCGUUCCCCCAUUCCAAAGCUCGGCGAGUUGCCGAUUAUCUUCCUCGAAAAGGUUUUGGAUAGACUUGAUUUGAUAUCACAACUGAAUCUUCGAAAAGUUUCACAUGAUUUGAGGAAAGUCGUUGAUAGCCGAAAAUCACCGAUAGAAAAGAUCUGGAUCAAGUAUGGCUCCUCUGGGAUUUCCGUGAAACUCGAUGUUUGGGAUAAAAAAGAACAUCGAUACCGUAGACAUCGUAUGACAUUGGAAAGUUUCAUUAGCAUUCUUCAAAAUAGAAAGCUCUAUUUGCAAGAGUUUUCCAUCGAGACCUGGUGUGAUGUUGAUUUGGGUAUAUGCGAAGACUGUUCGAGUCAAGGAAAACAAAUCAGAGAUGGAUUCAAUUCAUUGAGACAUAAUCUUCAAGUGAAACGUUUCCGAUCUGAAUGUCACGAGAUAGAUAUGAUGACGAUUCUCAAGAAAUUACAACCCGGAAGUUUCAAAGAAUGGGAGCUCGGUUGUAUGUGGCAUGGAUUUGUCCCACUUCAUUGGAGGAUUCCAGAAGAAAUAACAUCUUCCAACCAGUGGAAGCGAUUGAAACGCUUCUAUCUCGAUGAGUCAACUGUAUCCGUUCCCAUUGAGCACUUAUUCCAUUUGGACUGGUUUCAUGUUGAAUUGCCACUCGCUUCAAUGGAUGACUUGAUGAAAUUGAGAGAUAAUUCACAUAAUUCUGCGAGUUUCAAAGAGGGCUGGGUGGAAUUUUGUGGCACAACUUUGAAAGAGCAAGCAAUAAAAGAGAGACUCAAUCUGGUCCCCAACCCGGAUCCGGAAAAACAGGAACUCUUGUUCCAUGGGAUCGAUACGUCGGAGGAAGGACUUGAUAUUGAAUUGUGGAGUGGAAAUAUCUUCUUUUAUAAACCAUAUAAUCCCUAG